AUGGACAUAACCAACGAUGGUACAGUUACAUCCGAAUGCGAGUUUGUGUCUGAAAAUGAGGUGGCGACAAACACAAAAAGGAAAAAAAGAAAAAAUCAAAAGGGCUCAAACAAAAAAGAUGAUGCAAAACCACCCCGUCCAGCUCCACCAUCUACAGGUGAAGCUCCUGAUCACAUGAAGAAAAAAAGAUCUAUUUGGUGGAAACAUUUUGAAAAAACUGAAGUUGUUGAUGUUGCUGAAUUUCCUAGGUUGUGGGAGUUCAACCCAGAAGUUAUCAGGAGAGCACUUGCUAGAAUGUUGAUAGUUGACGAGCUGCCGUUUUCUUUUGUUGAGCGUGAAGAUGGCCUAGAUGAUGUGAAUUUAUCAAUAAAGAAAAUCCGUACAAUUGUGAAAUAUGUCAGGUCAUCUCCGGCGAGGCUCCAAAAAUUUAAAGCAUGCAUUGAAGAGGAGAAAAUCGAAAGCAAGAGUCUUGUGUCCAUGGAUGUCGAUACACGCUGUAAUUCAACUUUUUUGAUGCUUGAGAGUGCUUUGAAAAUUAAGAAAGCAUUCUCAAACUUGCUUCUGAAAGAUUCAAAUUGUGAGAAAGAGUUAAAAAAGUGUGAAGGUGGUUUGAUAAGUGGAGCUGAUUGGACCAAUCAUACAGACAUGUCCGUUAAGACCAUGGCACAAAAAAUGCAAAAGAAAUAUAAGAAGUAUUGGGGGGAUGCUGAUAAGUUAAAUCAAUUUUUGUUCAUUGCUGGAGUCCUUGAUCCAAGGCGAAAAUGGAAAUAUAUUGAAUGGGUUGUUGCAGAAAAUUUUAACAAAGAUAGUGCUGCUAUUUUUCUUAUCAAACUAGAGCACAACAUGCUCUCUCUGUUUGAUAUGUAUCAUUCUGCCAUGCCUCAAAAGGAGCACGAUGAGGUCUCAUCCAUAUCUUCUACUUUUGUUUCUAAUGCUAUGUGGGGGAAUGAUGUAAUGGACAUUGAUGCAAUGAUGACAAAGAGGUUUGAAAUGGCUAUGGGAAGUUCAGAAACUACUACAAGGAAAACAGAAUUAGACAAAUAUUUAGGGGAAGAUCGCGAGCCUAUGGACCUACAUUUUGAUAUAUUAACAUGGUGGAAGGUUCAAAAAUGUUUGAAUGACUUAAAUUUGGAACAACCGACUAUCAUUAUUGAUGAAACGGUUGAUGAAACAUCUGGAAUCACUGAUCUGACUUGA